AUGUUAAGAGUUAUUGUUAUAGGUGGUAGUGGUGCAACUGGUAAAGAGUUAUUAAAAGAAUUGAUUGCUUCACCAAAAGUUGCAUCUAUUACAUCUUUAGGUAGAAGAAAUGUUGAUGAUUUACAAAGUGAGAAAUUGAAUCAAGUUAUUGUUGAUUUCGAAAAGUUGGAUGACUAUAAAGAAUCGUUCAAAGGACAAGAAGCUGCAUUCUGUUGUCUGGGUACAACCAAGAAACAAGCUGGUACCGCAGAGAAAUUCCGUCACAUCGAAUUGGAUUAUAGUUCGGCGUUCUCGCGUCUCGCCAAGGAAGCGAAUAUCGAGCAGAUGCAUCUGUUGACCAGUCAGGGUGCCAAUCCAAACAGUUGGUUCCUCUACAUGAAGACCAAGGGUGAGAUCGAGGAGGCGAUGAAGCGUGACACCUUUAAGAAUCUCUAUAUCUAUCGUCCGGGAUUCCUCAAUCGUGGUGCAACCGAUCGUUUCGGAGAGAAAGCACUCAGCUACCUAAUGAGCGGUAUUCCAGUGAACACCGUCGCUCGCUCCAUGGUCAAAUUAUUCGAGAGACAGAAUGAACAAACUCCAUCCGGUGUCAAUGUUUUAUAUAACAAAGAGAUUUACAAAGAAUCAAAAUAA